CGGCCGCUCCGGCUGGCCUCAGUCGACCGCGACAUUCGGUCCGCGAGAUACGAUUCGAGUCUCGGAUCACCGAACGUCGGACUCUUCUCUUGCCGAACGAAGAUCGAACGAAGAUCGAAUGGGUUCAAGAAUCUCGCUGGGAAAAGAUCUUCGAGCCUUUUGCCUCUUUAACGUCUUCCUAAUCGGCUAUGAGAUCGAUGAAAAGGACAAACGAAGUUCUGCCAAAUUACAUUUUACGCUUCGAUGAAUGAAAUAAUUCGAGCGAAUACUUCGAAAACGGAUUCUGUUUAUUAGAGAGAGAGAGAGAAGAAAAAAACAAAAAAGAAAAAAAAAAAACCAAACAAAAUAAAAAGAAAAGAAAAAAAAAGGAAAAAACAAUAAAAAUAAAAAAAAGAAAUUAAAAAAAGAAAAAAAGAAAACAAGAAAACAAAAACAGAAAAAAGGAAUCAACAAAGCUCGAAAAACUUUCGUACGGUUUUUGUGGCUAAAUCGGUUCCGCCGGUAGCCACGUGUUUGACUGAUGUCUCGAUCGUGGAGAAAAGAUCAUCAUAGUGAUCGUGCGUCGUGGACCGGCAUUUCGACAGCCAUGUGUUCCUGAUUUUCGAGAAAUUUUGUCAAAGAUAAAAAAAAAAAAAAAGAGAGAGAGAGAAAUAAAAGGACGUUCGAAAAAGAGUGGGUGUUAUCUAUGACGAUAAUGAUGCCGAUAAUGUAAGCUAUCUAGCUGGUAUCGAUUCUUAGGUAGACGAAAUGACGAACGACGGGAGAUUGUUAUUAUUGUUGGCAUUGCUGAUGGCGUACGGAUUGCUUGCGGUCGAAUCAAGGUAUCGCGAGGAUACUGCUCUCGAGGCAAGAAGACAUCGGCACAGACACAGGCAUGAAACAUCGGCUAGCAGAAGAAAUCAUCAUGAGCCGAUUGACAGACGAUCGAGUUGGUCGCGAGAAUUGGAUUACGAAUACGACGAUAUGGAUGAUGAUUCCAGACAAGACGACGAUGAGUACGGCGAUGAGGAAGAUUACGAUGGUAUUAGAUCUUACGAGGAAAGGUUAUAUCCAAGACCUAGAGGGAAGAAUUAUCAGGAAAGAAUUUUCGAAUCUAAAUAUCCAAGACGUCAUCGAGAAAGUUAUCACGGUUGGUAUCACGACGAAGAAAAACGUCGGACUUCCUCAAGAUAUAAUUGGAAGAAUCGUCAUAGGUCAAGAUUGGGAAGACUCGGUAGGAAUAGACACAGAGGAAGCUAUUCGAGAAAUCGUGAAGCUUUUCGCGAUGAUUUUAACGAGGAGAACGAGGAGGAGGAUGAGGAAGAGGAAAGGUCAGCGCGUCACUACGAGGAUGAUUCUGGUCCGGAUAAUCAUUAUUCUUCCUACUUACCUUGGAGAAAUUCCAAAAAGCACAGGAGCAAUUGGAGAAGAGAUUGGAGAAGCAAUAGGCAAAGUUCGAUUGGUUAUCGUAACGGAAAGAAAUUCUACGGUGCGAGCGACCUCGAUAGCAUGAGAAAAUUUAGAUUGGACGAUCAGAGAAGAAGGAGAACGAACUUGACCGAAAGAAUUUUAGAGGAUUAUAUGGAGAACGAGAAGGAGGAGGAGGAAGAGGAUGAUAUCUGGAAGGAAGCCGAGAAAGAAGAGGAAGAGGAUGACGACGCCGACAAUGAAAAUGCCGAGGAGGAACUCGAUAAUGAUUUUUACAAAAAUGAAAAUAAGCCGCCGUUGUACAGCUACGACGAUAUUAUCAGGAGACUUACGUCGGAUGAUCCUAGCACGGCGAAGCCGACGGUGAAAAGGGAUUACAGGAACGUUGGUAUAGAAAAGUAUCCUUUGCGCAUAUCGUACAACAACAACAGUGCCUCCAGAAAUUUUACUCGUCCGAAGGUCGUCGGCUCUUCUUAUGUAGCCGGCGCGUCCAGUUAUUUUGUAAAUAAAAAGCCGUCGAACGGAGAGGAGGUAGUGGAUAGGAACGUCGCGAUGAUCAAGUCCGCGAGUGCAGAGAUCAAACGUAAGCCCUCGAAGAACGUGAUCAGUGUCGUGGUUAAAGACGAUGACGAGCAUUCCGGAAAAGCUAAGACAAAGAGUCUCGAGCAGGAAUACGAUGACUACUUGAACACCGAGGACAACGAGAAGGAGGAAGAUCUUAUUAAAGCCGGCGUCGAAGAUGAUUCCGGCAUGCAAUCGGACGUCACUAACACGGAUUACAACGACAAUGAAACCACGAACGAUCAGAAGAGCACGAGUACAACGACGACUACUACGAGCACCACUACUACCAGCACUACUACCACAACAACGACCACACCUAAGCCUACGCUUACUCAGCACUUCGACUACAGAGAUUCAAGAGCUUACGACAGUGGUACCAGCACCCAAUACAACGGCUACCAAGCGAAAAACGACUACCCGCCUAUGUCAGCUCACAGCGUUCACAAGUGGCAGUCCCUGGGCACUCGAGAGAGCGUUAAAGAGACCAGAAGCAACAUGCAGCAAUAUAACAAAAACGGCAAGACUGCACAAAUCAAGGAUGCUCUACAAUACGCGAUAAAAGUAUCUAAAGAAGGUAGCUGUCAGUGGCCACGUCCAAGAGUUAUUCCGGUUCGCGAUGUCUACCCGAGUCCAUCGACCACCUACAUUCCACACUGCGCCAUCUUGCACAGGUGCUCGGACGAUACCGGAUGUUGCAGAUCGGAAGCACUCACCUGUGUGCCUAAACACUCUCAUCGUGUUGAACUAUCUUUUUACAUGACAAACAUCGCUGGUACAAGCGUGGUUGAAAGAUUAUCUUUUUACAAUCACACGGAAUGCGAAUGUGUAGAGAAAAUAGAAUACGAUACGAACGAGAAGUCCCUCGAGCAGAGAUUCUACCGGCAUCAUCAGCUCUCUCCGCAGCCGCAAAAUAUGAGGAGAGCACCGCCAAGAAAAUCGUGCCGAUGUCCCUCGGAAUUCACGCCGAAAAUCACGCCGGACGGAGAGUGCCAAUGUUACUGUUACGAACAUAAUCAAAACUGCAUCAAAACGAAACGUGGAAAGGGAUAUUUUUCUUUGAGCGACAGAUUGUGUAUUCAAAAUAUCGAAUGUGCAAUACCUAUCUGUGAAUAUGGUGAGUAUAUGAGACGAGAAGGUAAAUGUCCUAGAAAAAGGGACAAGUUCGACGCGAUGGCCAAUUUCGGUAUGAGCUUCAAUCAUCGAUAUAGAAGUUAGAAAAAGGAAAACGAUUGACUUGACAAUAGAAGAAACAAACAACGAAAAAAGCAGGAAUAAUGAGCGCAACGUAAUGCGUUAUAACCCGACGGUGCCAUUUACUUUGUCUUUUUUUUUUUUUCAAGUGCCUUUGACGGAGAGACUUACUAUAUGAUAUACAUGUAUAUAUAUAUAUAUAUAUAUAUAUAUAUAUAUAUAUAUGUAUGUAUAAAAUAUAUAUAUAUAUAUUCUCACACAUACGCGAUUAUGUAUAAAAUGUAUUACGCCAUUCUUAGAUGAUAGAAGUCGCAUGAUCACGUUCUGAUUAUCGUCCCCCACCCUUUCUCUUUCUCUACAAUUUCAUUUUCUCUUUUAGUUACCUUUCUUUUUUAAUAUACGAACUUAUUAGCUCCGAAAAAAAAAAAGAAAAUACAUCGACGAUCGAAUAAAACUCAUUUCUGAUGGCUCAUGUUUAUUUGAACGUCCGAUCACGCACACUUCUAUUCUACUUAUAAACGUAACAUGAUUCGAAGAAAGUAAGUAGGUCGGAUCGAUUAGAAUCAGCCUGUUAAAACUUUCCUUGGGAUACGAUCUCCGUCGAUCAUUUCCGACUUCAAAGGAACUAUCUAUCUUUGAAUUUAUCUUCCCUCCAUUUCCUAUUUCCCUUUGAACGCGAGAAAGUACAGGAUGAUGAUACGAAGAAACGAUGAUACGAAUGUCGUGCUAAAGUUUUGAGCAAAAAAAAAAAAACGAAUUACUUUGCGAUACCGUCGACGUGUAAAGCAAAUGUAAUUUCGUAUUUUGUGAUGUAACAUAACGUGCAUAAUGUCCUAUGAAUGAGAUAACUGUAUCGAAAGAGAACGUAGAUUUGAACUGUUGCGCGACGUAUAUUUUAAUUUAAUUCGUAAUUUUAAUAGCGAGAUAUUGCUCGCGUUUUUUUUUUUUUUUUUUUUUUUUUUUUUUUCAUAGUUUACGCUAGAACACGAGCCUAGUCUGAGGAUCUGUCUCUCUUCUCUAAGAAAAACUCUUCUCCCGAGAGAAACUAAUAAUACUAACAUGUUAAGAAAAAAAAAGGAAGAAAAAAGAAAAAAAAAAAAGAAAGAAAAAAGAAAGAAAAAAAAAAAGAUAAACGCACACA